AUGGAUUGUGUAUCGGCAUAUUAUUCCCUUCAUAUAAAUUGUGGUGGAGGAGAAGUAAAAGAUAACGAUAACCGUACAAUAUAUGAAAAGGACAACGAUUUUGGAGGGGCUUCUUAUUUCGGUCAAAGUGGGAAAAAUCAGGGAUUUAGCAGCACAGGUCACUACUGGGACCUUGGCGAGAUUAAUUUAUACGUCAAGAAGAGUACCUCAAGCAUUUCUGGGAAGAAUCCCCAACUGUACAUGGAUGCACGAGAAUUCCCUAAUUCAUUAUCUUAUUAUGGGUUCUGUCUUGGAAAUGGAAACUACACAAUAAGCCUAAGGCGCAUAUUUGAUGUUUAUAUUCAGGGACUGCGGGUGCUAAAGGAUUUCAAUAUCGAAGAUGAAGCUGGUGGUGCUAAUAUAGGAAUCGUAAAAAACUUCUCUGUUGCCGUCACUGAUACUACUUUGGAUAUCCGCUUCUACUGGGCUGCAAGGGGGAUUGUUCUGCCAGAUUACGGAGUAUAUGGUCCACUUAUAUCAGCUAUUUCUGUCAAUCCUGGUAAGCUAUGA